AGGGAGAGAGGGAAGGUGUGAGAGAGUGAGGCGGAGGGGGGCUGUGAGGGGCACAGGUUGCCUCGGACGUGGAGACGAUGGAGCCCGAGGUGUUGGACAAACAGCAGCAGGUGACGGACUGCUGGAAAUGCUCUGUCUUGUACCUGUGCUUCUACGGCUUCAUGGCUCAGAUUAAACCUGCCGAGAGCUUCAUCACCCCAUAUCUACUCGGCCCAGACAAGAACUUCACCAAAGAGCAGGUCACUAACGAGAUCACACCGGUGCUGUCCUACUCCUACAUGUCGGUCCUGGUGCCGGUGUUCCUGCUGACUGACUACCUGCGAUACAAGCCUGUCCUGAUCCUCCAGAGCCUCAGCCAUGUGGCCAUCUGGCUGAUGCUCCUCUUCGGCACCACCGUCCUGCAGAUGCAGUUCAUGGAGUUCUUCUACGGCAUCACCAUGGCUGCGAGGGUGGCCUAUUCCUCCUAUAUCUUCACUUUGGUCACCCCCCAGUCUUACCAGAUGGUGGCCAGCUACUCCCGCUCCUCGGUCCUCAUGGGGGUCUUUGUCAGCUCGGUGUUGGGACAGCUGUUUGUCACCCUGGGCAGCGUUCCCUUCUACACCCUGAACUACAUCUCGCUGGGCUUCGUCAGCUUUGCCUUCACCUUGACCCUGUUUCUUAAAAGGCCCAAAAGGACCAUGUUCUUCAACACCCAGGCCUUGGACUCCAAUGGCGCAGUCCCUGAUGAGGCGGACAAGGCUAUCUCUGUCCGGCUGGUUAAUGAGAAGUCGAAAGCUGCCAAGCGCUGGGAUUGGCGUGAGGCCGCACUAGUCAGGAUGCUCUUGGAGCUGAAAGACACUGUGCGAUCUCCUCGUUUGAAGCUGUGGUCAGUGUGGUGGGUUUUCAACUCGACGGGCUAUUACCUGGUAGUGUAUUAUGUCCAGAUCCUCUGGGACAAUAUCUCCCCAGCGCGGGAAAACCAGGGAGUCUACAACGGAGGCGUGGAUGCAGCCGCCACACUGCUAGGAGCCAUUGCCUCAUUCUCGGCUGGCCACGUGAAGCUGCGCUGGUCCCUGUGGGGGGAGGCUGUGAUCUGUGUAAUCACGGCCGCUCAGGCUGCCCUCCUUUUCGUCAUGAACACCACCACCAACAUCUGGAUCUGUUAUGUGGCCUUUGUCCUGUUCCGCAGCAGCCACCAGUUCCUGGUGCCCAUUGCUAUUUUCCAGAUCGCCACAUCCCUGACUAAGGAGCUGUGUGCCCUUGUCUUCGGAAUGAACACCUUCCUUGCCACCAUUCUCAAAACCAUAAUCACCAUCAUCAUCGCUGACAAGAGGGGUCUGGCCCUGCAUGUCAACAACCAGUUCUAUGUUUACUUUGGUUACUUCACUCUGCUGGCGACCGCCUACCUGGGGAGGGGGAUGUAUGUCAUCUGCUCGCACCAUCGCAAGAAAAGAACUCAGCGGGAGGAGGAGCGGCAGAGCAAGGAGCUGUGCAGCCCAAGCAGAGUGCCAGGCGAGAGCCACACCCUGGACCCCAUGACCUGCUCCAAGGCAUGACCCAGGCAUGGCCUGGACUGACUAGCUUAACCCACAACAGGAAUGUCAAGCGGCAUUUAUUUCUAUUAACUUAAUAUACAUUUGGAAGAAAUUGAUUAGCUUGUCCUUUAAACACUGUGUCAGACAGCAGUAGCCUGGAAAACAACCAACCAGCGGAUAGAGUAGAGACAGAGUGCUAUCUGCAUCGCUCUAGUCCUGACCAACAUAAUAUAGAAAAGCUCACAAGGUACAGCAUAGAAAGUGGUCUGAACACAGCAGAUCAGAGGAGGUUGCUGUGAAGGGUUGGGUGACCCAGUCAUUUCUGUUCAGGCUUUGCUUCCACUGGGAAUCCUCUUAACCCUUGAGCUCCCAGCUCCUGAGCUUCACGUUCCACCUAUAAAACACACACUGUCUCUAAGCUUUUACUGCAAAUCCUGCAAAGCACUUUGAUUCAUCUUCCCUGCUAUGAAAGACACUAACAACAACAACAACAACAAGAUUCCAUUUAUUGACCAAACCAAAUGCAAGGAAUAUUCUUCUUAUUAUUGUUAUUCCUAUCUUGGCUGGCUGAGAAACUAAGCUAAAAGUCCAAGGCCAAGCCCUUAUACCCCCAUGCUGGACCCUCCCCCCACCAUAACUGGAGCCUCCAAGCCCUUCUCAGCCCCUUCCAGCAAUUGUUGGGAGAAUCAGAGGACCUUACACCACAGAACACUAUUCAGCCCAUUGUGCUGUUUGCACCAGUUUAUAGAUGUUGGCAGAUCUUCUAAUCUCAUUGCCCUGCACUUUCACUCCCCACUUUAAUAGACCUGCUCCCCAUGUCGCUGUCUAUCCCUCUAUCCCUCUGAUUGAUUCUGUCUCUUUCUAUGGCACAGUGUUCCACAUCUUUACAACGCUUUGUGUGAAGUGAUGCUUCCUGACCUCAGCGCUCCCCCUAGCAUUGUACUGGUGUGUUGGCCUAGACUAAGGGUUCAAAGUCCCCAAUGUGGGGCUUGAACUAAGCCCAUUCUUUGCACAAUUGCAGACACCCCUUCAAAUAAAAAGUAAAUAUGAAAAAUGAACUCCAGAGUUUGUACAGAUCUGUCCCUGUGAAAUGAUCUCGGUUGAGGCUUCGAGACAUUACCUAAUGGCUGUUUUGUUCACUCUGAGCGCUGCCACACCACAGGAAAUGGGUUUGUUUAGGUUAGGUGGGUGGACAGGAGCACAGGUUGGUUUAAUGGAGGGAUUAUGUGAGCAAGUGGUGAUUGGUGGCCCGAGUCUUACUGAAUGUGGUUUGGCCACAGCACCCUGUGGUUUAUGAGCGGUGUUUCAUUGAGCUUGGGAUCACUGUGUGGGCGUUUGUGACUUAUGGAGUCAGGAUGUGUGCAAUUUUGUGAAUUGCAGCUUCUUAACAUGUGCUCUUAACAAUCAGCACAUGUUCCAAAUACAAGCAAUAAUUCAUUUGAAUAAUAAUCUUUGCAUUUGAUAUAGUGUCUUACCACGUCCUCAAAAUAUUUCGAGUGCUUCACACGAUUUACUGUAUUGUGUCUUUGUGAAUGGAUGCAGCAAUAAUCGCACAAACAGCCAUGAAGUGGAUGACAGAUUUUAUCUGGAAGAUUGUUGGCCAGGACACCUGGAAAACCUUCUCUUUGUGAAUUGUGCCUUUAGUGCCUUAAUGUCGACCUGAACCAGCAAACGGGAUCUCAGUUUCAACCCUGCAUCCAAAAGAUGGCACCUCCAACAAUGCUACACAUUCUCAGCACAGCACUGCUGUGUUGGCAUAGACUUUGAGCCCAAAGUCUUGACAUGGGCUUGAAUCCACAACCUCCUGACCCCUCCUCAUCUUUUUCAGCUGUCAAAUAAUGUGCAAUAUCCGCACAUUUCUGGUUUUGUAGCAUCUGCAUUGGGAGGAACAGGAGAGAAGCUAAGAUACACGUGAAGGGUUAGCAAAACCCAACUGAUUGUAAAUGUUUCACUGGGCAUUGUGGAAUCAGUCACAGACAGAAAGACAGCAAUGAAGCUUUCCGCACAUUUAGUGUCAAAGGUAAAACGUGUCAAAAUAUAAUUGUAUAAUAAUUUAUGAUAUUAGUGCUUAUAUUUAAUAGAAUGGCUUUCAUACCGUAGAAACUCCCUUGUCUUUUCGAAUCAUGCCAUGGGAUCUUUCAUAUGAACAGGCAGACAGGACUUUGGUUUAAAAUUUAAUCCAAAGGAUAGCACCUCCAACGUUGCAGUGCUCUGGACUGCACUGGAGUGUCAGCCUAGAAUGUGAAUAAUACACAUACACUGCACAUUGUUCUCUGACUGUUGUACUGGGCAACGGGCAAGAUCCCUGCCUUGGAGGGUGGGCUUGGUGAUAUGAGUCAUGCUACAUUGGGUGCAUUCCUCACAUCUUCAAGGAGGGGAGGGGGUGGGAGCAGGGGCUGACCUGUGUUGACGAUGGGUCCCAACACUGCCUGGUCUCAAGUUGCUGCCCAGGCACAAAAGUUGGAACUGUCAAAAGUUAGUGAGAAUUUUGUUAGUUAUGAUAUGAUGAAAUUCAGCGAGCCUAGACUUUGGCCAGUGUAUACCAACAUAACAAACAUUAAACAUUAAUGCCAUAGGUAAAUCAUUGAUCAAGUGGAGUGCACGGAACGGUCUCUGGGCCCCUGUCUCACUCUGUCCGAGUGACUACUUUAGGAAGUCAAUAAUCCUCUGUGUGUCCUAAUGUUCAGGAUAACAUUCCCCUUUCCUCCCUGACCCAACCCAGGCUCACUGAGAUCAGCUCACUUGACUCAGUGAGAUUUGUGCCUUUCUGCUGUGUACAUUCCAUUGCUGAACUGGCUGCUGCCUUUUGUCACUGAAACCCAGUAAAUUUGUCAUUUUCAAAGCUUGAUUUAGUAGAAAAGAACACACUAUUUAUCACCUGCCAGUAUUGUGUAAAUAUAACUAAUAUUUGCUUUUGCAUAAUAAUCCUGUAAUCUUGAAGAUUUAAAGCUAUAUUUUGGGAAUUGACUGGAAUUUAUACAAACUGCUGGGCAUUUGUUCACUAUUAUGGAACGUAGGGACCUUGGGACAUCAAUGUUCAGUGGUUAUUUUUGGUGACAAUACUCUGAUCAAACUGGGAAAACAAGUGAAAGAUUCAAGUGAAAGAUUAGUUUGAAAUAAAAUUGACUAAAGAAUUCUCCACCAAUCUUGUGAUCGUAAAUUUAAAAACAAAAUGGUCCCCGCGGAUGUGACUUUAGGGGGAGGUUAGGGGAGAGGUCAGACUAGUUUUUCUCUGGUCUCGCCUUUAGGAUACCCUGUCAUAGGAAGGAAACUCUUGGAAAAUAAUAAUAUUCACAAAUGUCAGUUUUGCAGUAUUAACAUUUUGAAGCAUGUAAAACCAAUUAUGUCAACCCUGGGUUUGGUUUGGAUAGAAUCCUGAGGUUUUAUUCAAAAUCUGUGAUUCCAUGUAUCAUUGUCCUGUAUUUUACACUGUAAUUAUUCAUUUUCUUAUCGAAAUAAAAUAUGGAAUAUAACAAGC